AUGGAAAAUGUUGAAACAUACUUAGAGCGGUACGGUUGCGAACCUAGCGCCUAUUUUAUACUCAACACGCUCCAGAAUUUGCUUACAGCAUACCCGUAUCACCCUAUUCUAUGGUCGUUGUACAGCGUGGAUAGAUAUCUGUAUUCGUACAAACCAAAGCCGUUGAAAGAAAGACGUAUAUAUGACUACGCGAUUACCGACGCCGAAGAUGUGUGGUUUCAUGGCGAAUUAGACGAGGUACGUGAUGUUUUAUUAUGGUUAAAUCCUAAAACGGUCUCCGUGUCUAUGCAAUGCGUCGAUGGUCGAAAAUUCUAUACCAUCCCUGCAGAAUGGGCAAAACACUUAAUUGUACGUUACGAUUCGGACGGGGUGUGGUGGUUUCAUUAUAUGCCCUUCGAGUUUUGCUGCCGCCAAAUUUUAAGCAGUGACGGUGUUGGUAUUAUUCAAUGUCGCAAGUUGUCGGUCGGACCAGAACUAUAUGUUGACGAAUCGUUUUAUCAUCUGGGGUUUGGUGCUUGUCAAAGCGACCUACACUCGGUGUACGCCGAUUUAGACUGUUUUGUGGGUUUAAAACGGUUACAUGGCGCUUUAGAAUCCCUAUUACGUGACGGGUUUGCCCACGACCCGAACAAUACCGAGCGAGAGUGUGUUUGUGAAUUGAUGUACUGUUUGAGUUUAAACAAGAAACUAAUACCUCUUGAAUAUCCAUCGAUCAACAACGAGGAAAAGAAAAAGAGUAUUGUAGAAAUAGAAACUUUUACUUUAAAAACGAUAGAUAUUCGAAGUAUGUUACUGCAUAUUUUAGUUUGUAAUAACUGUCAUACGUAUUUAAUUAUGUUUUUAAAAACAUUGUUAAGGUCUGUGAUUGUGUAUAAGCCUUGUCCGGGUGUUACGCACACACAGUACACGUCUGACAGAGACAGAAGUAUAGAAUUAACGCACGCAGCACAAACACCGGUGGCACGCUAUGUAUUGGACGGCGAUUUUAAUUUACUAUUAACUAAUGCAUACCGGUCAGUAAUUGUUGGUUCGAAGAAAAAAACUAUUUGUAGGGAUAUUAUAACAUCGUUUAUGCUUAAACAUUGUUUUAACAUAAAGUAAUGGUUUUUUACGACGUACAUUUGCUGUAUCAGAAAUAUAUAUAUCGUGCUUAUGCUGUUGUUGAUAUAAUUACUCAAGCUGUGUGUGGUUUUGUCCUAAUAAGGAGCGCGUUCAAGACGGUGUAUAUGAUGUUUUAUGAGCGCGGCUAUAUAUUACAAGUGUUCAACAUACAUAGACGGUGUAGGAUAGUUGCUUCGCUGUCGGGUAAACAAUUGCGGUUGGUAAAGUGUGAACAUUUUCAAUUGUCUUAUUUUACAAGGGAGAAAAAACAAGAUGUCUUUUAGAACAUAUUAUUUUGAAGCGUCGUUUGCUUUGUAUGAAGGGGAUCCAAAUUUCAGAAUAUGCGGUGCGUUGGACCGGCUAGCUGAUUUGACACUGCAUUAUUAUAAAUACAUCGAUUAUCCUUUACAAUUGUCGGUGAAAGUGAUGGGUAUUAUGCAGUUUACAAAACGCAUUACACCGGCGCAAUUGAAUCAAGAGUUUGCAAAGUUUGCAAUAUACGUGAAUUUAACACCGAUGGGGCGCAACCCUAUGAUUGAACAUAUGCAUAUUUGGGCAAUAAGAAGACAUCAUGAAUUGCAGAAAAAAAUUGUCGAGAACGGUUGUUUUCAUUUUGGCGGUCCAACUUUGGAGUUGCAUAAAUCCAUGAUUUUAGAAGACCGUGUGAGAAAAUAUGCGGCUGCUUUAGAAGAUUAUUUGUUUCACGGUCCAGGUGUGCUGGAACAUUACGGGAAUUUACGCGAUUUGAAAAAAUUAGCGGGGUUUGUAGACGCGUUAAGACGUCUUCCGAUGGAUACGAUAUAA